AAAACAUCUGGAAGGUGGCCGGGUCGGAAUGCUAGAGUGACCUUUUUAACAGCAAAAAAACAGGGGGGGAAAAGAAAGAAAGAAAAGAAACUUCUGAUGUUUUCAGGUCCAUCUGACAGAGGAAAGGAUUUCGUUUUAGCACUACAUCUGCCAAAUGAGAGACAUGAUUUCAUCACCAGUGUUGAGCUGUCCUACGGUCCCACUGUCCAAUGGGCUGCAGAUUCCAAUACUUGGAUUAGGAACAUCACAUGAUGGAGGAUACUCACAUGAUACCGUUGUGCAUGCACUCUCUGAGUGUGGCAUACGGCAUAUUGACACAGCAAAGCGCUAUGGCUGUGAGGAAGAACUGGCUAAAUCCAUCAGAGAAAGUGGGGUGCCACGGAAUGAACUGUGGCUUACCAGCAAACUCUGGAUACAGGACUAUGGAUACAAAACUGCCAAGCAGGCCUGCCUCGACUCCUGCUCCCGGAUGGGAGUGGAAUAUCUUGAUUUGUACCUGAUGCACUGGCCAGACUCGAGGCAGCCUGGUCGCAACAACCGGGAAGUGAGAGCUGAGACCUGGAGAGCCUUAGAGGAGCUUUACAAAGAGGGGGUUUGCCGUGCCAUUGGAGUCAGCAAUUUUCUGGUCCACCACUUGGAACAGCUAAAGGAGGAUUGCACUGUGGUGCCACAUGUUAACCAGGUGGAAUACCAUCCGUUCCAGCAGCCCGAUCAGCUCAGAGAGUAUUGCCGUCAGGAGGGCAUUGUGUUUGAAGGGUACUGCCCUCUGGCAAAGGGUCAAGCCCUCAACAACCCCACUGUUAUCCAGCUGGCACAAAAGUACAGCCGCACACCUGCUCAGAUCUGCAUCCGCUGGAGCAUACAGAAUGGAGUUGUCACAAUACCAAAGUCCACCAAAAAGGAGAGGGUGCAGGAAAACUGUGAAGUGUUUGGGUUUCAGCUGGAGGAGGCGGACAUGGCGGCUCUGGGCACGUUGCACGAUGGGAGACACGUCAGCUGGGAUCCAACGCACAUUGAGUAACAAGGUUGGGAUUUCACACCAGAAGAUAUGAACAGCAUCACCAAACUCCACUGUGAUAUGAAGCUUACUGAACUCAGCUACCUGCUCUGGAAAGAAUUAACACACACACACACACAGACACACACACACACACACAAAAGAAAAAUGGGGCAUUGUUUUCACUCAGGUGCUUUUAUUUAUGGAAAUACAUAUUACUUGUUUACUUUGAUUUUUCAUGAAGAAAAAUAGUCUGGAUGAAUGUGUUGCACUCAUGGGCAACGAUGAUGAUUUUAGCAUAAUAGGCUGAGACAUUAAAUAUUUCUCUUGAUGGAAAUAAAGUUGCUCCACCAGUGCCUUUUUGUAACAAGCUAGCUCUAAGUAAA